UUUGCUUUCAGAAUCUAUACUCGUUCUUUGAUACUCUUUCACUUCCGAAACAGUAAGCCGAAUAAACGAUAAAGAUCCCCGUACAAUGGAACGCGAACCGUGCCCCUUUCGCUUGCUGGAGGACUGCGGCGGUGCCUUCGCCAUAGGCGCCUUGGGCGGGGGCCUGUUCCAGUAUCUGAAGGGGUUCAGGAAUGCUCCGACUGGAAUGCGUCGCGGGCUCUACGGCGGAUUGGAUUCCAUGAAAAUGAAGACACCCGCAAUUGCUGGCAACUUUGCCGUUUGGGCCGCCACCUACAGCACGGUGCACUGUGCGAUGGUCUUCUUAAGGCAGCGGGAGGACGCCUGGAACUCGCUCUUCAGUGGAGCGGCCACUGGCGGGAUACUCGCGGCCAGACAAGGUCUCAAGGGUAUGAUGAGCAGUGCCUUGGUUGGUGGCGUUCUAGUGGGUCUGACAGAGGGCAUCACUAUUCUUAUGACCCACCAAUCGGCGGACCAAUUCCGCCAGUUCUCGUCUCGGGAUCGCACAACUGAGAUUCUCCAGCAGAAGACUAGCUAUUCCGAUUUGUGCACUAAUUUUACGGAGGGCAAUCCUUCGUCUGUUUAGAAUCUACACACACUUCUGCGUGAUCCAGCGAUCCGUCGAUCCCUCCGAUCCUCGAUCGAUAGUUCGAUUCUUGCAUACAAAUUUGUAUUUUAGAUUAUUUUGAUUGUUCGUUUCCAUUUGAAUUAAAAUUCAUUUGUCGUGCAUCGCAA